UGCAAGUAGCAAAGAAGCUUAGUCGUUUAGCGAUUCGCGGCUAGGUUAAUACUAAUCUGAUUAGUGAAUUAUCUCGAGCAAAGAAUUCGAAAGAUCGACGCUAAUUGCGAAUGAGAUAAUCGCAUUCUUCAACUGAGAAAUCAAAACAAGAAAAAUCUCUUUUGCUGUGAUAUGUGAAGAAAAUAGAAAAGAACUGGGAGUAUAUAGCUACGAAGUGUUUUAAGACUAAUUGGAGAAGAGCUACUGAGAUCAAAAAUGAUGCUCAUCAGCUUGUUCGUUCUUUUCCUCGCUCUAACAAUAAUCGAUGCACAAAAUAAGUGCGCAUUUUAUGAGAAUUGUGUCGACAUUCUCGAUUGUUGGGAAUAUAGAUACCUUUGGACAUAUCCAUAUAAGCCCUUUACAGAAGAAACUGUUCAAAAGAUCAAGAGAAUGCAAUGUAGCCCCAAGGGCAUCUACCCGAAGAUUUGUUGCUACAAGGGUCCCCCCAGAAGAGAACUUCCAGAAGUUCCUUACGUGGAAAACCAUCCGAAUAAACGUUUCUUCGACAAUCAACAGUGUGGAACAAGAAUGAACGACGGCGAAACAUACAAAUUCUUCCAAUAUCCGUGGAUGGCACUACUCAAAUACCAACAUAUCGAAGGAGAGCCAGAAGAGCGGUUUCUUUGUAGCGGCACAAUCAUUUCCUCGCGCUACAUUCUCACCGCCGCUCAAUGCAAUUAUCAAAAGAACUUCAGAUUGAUAGGCGUCAGGGUAGGAGAUUAUGAUGUAAGCAAGGAACGUGAUUGUGAACUGGACGAAAACGGGCAUGAAGUGUGUGCCGACAGAUAUCAAGAAUUUGAUGUAGAAAAAUUUUAUUCCCAUCCAGAAUUCAAUCUAAUGGGACUGGAAAACGACAUCGCGCUUAUCAGAUUGAAUGAUACCAUAAAAUUCAAUCUUCAGAAUAUCAAGCCCAUUUGUCUACCCUUCAGUUUUGAUGGAAGCAUCGAUUUUCCUCGACGGAUUUUUAGCAGGAUUGAUGAAAUGGACGUAUCCGGUUGGGGUAUGACGACGAAUGACACCAUGCGCAGUUCAGAACUCCAAAGUGUGAGGCUGAAUCUAAUUCCCAACGAGUACUGUAAAAAAAUAUAUUCUCACGGUACAUACGGUAGUUUCCGGUAUAAGCAACUAUGUGCCGGCGGUCAAAUUGACGUGGAACAUCCUUGUAAUGGUGAUCUCGGCGGGCCUCUGCAUGCGAAUGAGGGUAGAUUCACAUACCAGCACGGCGUGACCAGCUAUGGAAGGAUCCCAUGCGACACCAAGCUCCUCCCCGGGGUCUAUACCAGCGUCGUUUAUUAUAUGGACUGGAUCCUCAACACUAUGACUGAUUAAAGCGCAAUUAAAACAUGGUGGAACGUUGGCCUUUCUCGUGUUUGAGAUAUAUAUGAUAACGCAAACUUGUCAGUAAUCUGUAAGAACUUAAAUUUUACAUAUGGGGCGUUUAAUAAAUAAAUAAAAUUUGAUUUCAAGAAACUGA